UCCUCAGACCUACUACACAUUUAAGUUCCCUUGUCACACAUGUAUGAAGUAGCGAACUUUUAUUUCAUGCAAGUUCAAAACCUUCUUGGCCAUUGUUCACAACAUCUUGAGAAGGGUGAAACACACCAGGGGCCUGCAGUGCUUGGUAUUGCGAUGAUAGCAAUGGCUGAAGAGUUGGGACUUGAAAUGGCAAUUCGUUCAUUGGAGCAUCUUCUACAGUAUGGAGAACAAAAUAUCCGUCGGGCAGUUCCUUUGGCUCUUGGUCUCCUUUGCAUAUCAAAUCCAAAGAUAGUAGUAAGCCGACUCCUAGACUCCCUGUUGCAAAUGCUCCCCAGGCUAUUGCCACAUUCUCAGUAGCCUCAUUGAAGUUGAUAAAUACUGGUUCCUGAAAGGACGACUAAUAUUGGCUCCUGCAGUGAUGACAAGACAAAUAUUGGCUCCUGCAAUGACGACAUUGCUCAGGCCGUGAUAGUUUGUAUGCAUAUCCCAAAUUGAAUCAGAG